AUGGUGGCUUUCUUGAAUUCUAGAGCACUUCUGCCCACCCAGGGCACUGCCUGGGCUACAGCCUCUGUCCCAGCCGCCGGGCUCCAGGGUCCCCAGGGAGACUCCCACCGGGCCUGCUCUCAGAAGCCUCACAGCCCUUCCAGUGCCGAGGCCCCUUACUGCGACCUGCCCUGCUGCCCACCGGCCCCUCAGGACCCGCUCGACACCACCACCUGUGCUGGCCACUCUGUGGAAGGCCUUGGCCUCAGGCAGGGGUCUCAGAGGGUCUGGUUUCCAACAGCAGCUCUCCCUGCAGAGGGCCUUGCAACUGCCCCAAGGAACAGGCCCCAGGCCCCUGAGGUGGUACCCUAUCUGGAGGGCUCGACCUGUAGUAGCUGGGACAACGAGGACCCCAACUCUGACACCAGCUCCAGCCAGGACAGCAGCACCCCUCAUGAUACCAACACUUCUUCCUCUGUGGAUUGGGACACUGUUGAGAGGCCAGGGGUGGUCCCCAACGGGGACAGACUCAACGUGAUGAUCCCAAGGAGGCCUCAGGAGGGGCUGAGAGCUGAUAGUGCUCGUAGGGUCACCAGGUCCCCGGCCAGAGGAGACACAGCGGGCCAGAGAAAGGAGGAUUCUGGCAGUGGUGGAGAAAGUGCUGGCCAGCACUGGGCGAAGCUGCGGGCAGAAAGCGGCUACUUCUCCUUGGAGCGACAUCGCUCAGGGCAAACCCAGGCUUCCUCCGGGACACCACCGGGUGGACCUCGGACCGCCACCCAGGCUUCUUCUGCUCAAAGAGAUGUUUUCCAGGAUGCAUCUUCUGCACAAGAACCCUCCCAAGCUUCCUCUCUACCCAGAAACACCCAAAGGGACGCCCCCAGGACCUUAGCCACACAGCGGAACACCCCCAGAACAUCCUCCCCUUCAAGAGGUUCCCAGAGGGACACUCCUAGAACCAUGUCCACCCAGAGAAGCAGCACUCCGCUGUCCUCUCCUCUCAGAGCCCCUCAAGAGAGCCUCAAGACCUCCACACCACAAGAUGGCCCCCACGUUGCAUCGUCUCCUUGUGCCCAAGCCUCCUCUCUCAACAGAACCACCCAGUGGGAAAAUCUCACGACUCCCUGUGCCCAGAGGGACAAUCUUAGGAGCUCCUCUCCAAACAGAACCACCCAGAGGGACAACCCCAGGACUCCCUGUGCCCAGAGAGACAACCCCAGGACUCCCUGUGCCCAGAGGGACAACCCCAGAAGCUCUUCUCCCAACAGAACCACCCAGAGGGACAAUCCCAGGACCUCCUGUGCCCAGAGAGACAACCCCAGGACCUCCUGUGCCCAGAGAGACAACCCCAGGACUCCCUGUGCCCAGAGGGACAACCCCAGAAGCUCUUCUCCCAACAGAACCACCCAGAGGGACAACCCCAGGACUUCUUGCACACCACAGAACACCCCCAGGAACCCUUCUACCCAAGGAGGCAAGACUACAGCCUCCUGCAGCAGAUGGGAACAUCUCCGAAGCGCCUGCACCCAGCGAGACAACCCAGGACCAUCACCAUCAUCUUCCUUCCCACGAGACAACCCCAGGGUUUCCUCUCAAGGCUGCACCCAAAAGGACAACCCAGGAGCAUCGUCUCCCUGCUGGGCCACUCAGGGGAGUAGUUCCCGGAACCCUUCUCCCCACCGCACCAACAAAGAUAUCCCCUGGGCCUCCUUCCCCCUUCGACCCACCCAGAGUGACGGUCCUCGAACCUCAUCGCCAUCUCGCACCAAACAGAGCCAGGUGCCUUGGGCAUCCAUUUCCCUCCGGCCAACCCAAGGGGACAGGCCUCCGGCCUCAGCUCCUACCAAACUAGCCCAUCACGACGCUCCUCAGCACUAUUCGCCAUCCGCGGCCACCUCCUCCUCUCAUAACCCAGGCCAUCCCAGCGCCUCUCGGACUUCAUCGCCUCCACACCCAGCACCCCGAGGGGCCCCCCAGAUCGCUUCAGAGCCCGCCCAGCCACCCUGUGCUGUGUGCAUUGGGCACAGGGAUGCCCCUCGCGCCUCUUCACCCCCUCGCUAUUUUCAGUACGACCCUUUCCCCUUCUUUCCAGACCCCCGCUCGUCUGAGAGCGAGUCGCCCCACCACGAACCCCCCUACAUGCCACCUGCAGUGUGUAUCGGGCACCGUGAUGCCCCCCGGGCUUCUUCACCACCUCGCCAUACCCAGUUUGACCCCUUCCCCUUCCUCCCAGACACAUCGGAUGCCGAGAACGAGUCCCCCCAGCAUGAUCCUCCGCAGUUUCCCCCACCAGUGUGCAUCGGGUACCGUGAUGCCCCCCGGGCCUCUUCCCCACCGCGCCAGUUCCCAGAGCCCUCCUUCUUCCAGGAUCUCCCCAGGGCCAGCACAGAGAGCCUUGUCCCUUCCACAGACUCUCUGCAUGAGCCUCCCCACGUCCCCACGCCUGUAUGUAUCGGACACAGAGAUGCGCCCUCCUUCUCCUCCCCACCACGCCAGGCGCCCGAGCCUUCCCUCUUUUUCCAGGAUCCCCCUGGCGCCAGUAUGGAGAGCCUUGCCCCUUCCAUUGACUCUCUGCACGGCUCCCCGCUGCUGCCCCCCCAAGUGUGCAUCGGCCACCGGGACGCACCCAGAGCCUCCUCCCCUCCCCGCCACCCACCCGGUGAUCUAGGUCUCCUGGCCCCCUCCCCUCCCCCAGGGAGCUCAGGCUCUCGAGGCUCAGCACCCCCAGGGGAAACCAGACACAACUUGGAGAGGGAGGAAUACACCAUGCUGGCCGACCUGCCCCCACCCCGGAGGCUGGCCCAGAGGGGGCCAGAGCCCCAGGCACAGGGCAGCAACGAGGGCCGGACCCGGAGCCCUGGCCGGGCGGAGGUGGAACGCCUCUUCGGGCAAGAGCGCAGGUGA